CACACCUGGUUUGACUCAACAACGACUCGUCUAACCCUUUAGCAGCCCAUGACAACUCCUCCUUGCCGGACCAUAAACGCUAACAAUGCCAUCGCCGCGCCGUCGCCAUCCGGAAUGAUCUUCCGCGAUAAGAGGCUCGUGAAAUCAAGCUCACCUGGCUUGAAUCUCCCGACGAAGAGAUUGGCUUGGAGCUUAAGUUCUCCGGGGAGGUUUCUCUCUUCUCCCGUGGCCUCUAGUUCGUCAUCGGCGGCUGUGACAUCGAAUUCUACGAAUCGACUGGAAGCUUUAGAAGAAGGGAUUGAGAAGGUCAUUUAUCAAUGUAGAUUCAUGGCGUUUCUUGGAACUUUAGGAUCUCUUUUGGGAUCGGUUCUGUGUUUCAUCAAGGGAUGUCUGUACGUCGCAGACUCGUUUGUGCAGUACUCUGUGAACCGUGGGAAGGUGAUAUUACUUCUGGUAGAAGCCAUAGAUACAUACCUUCUAGGAACUGUGAUGUUGGUCUUUGGAAUGGGCCUUUACGAGCUCUUCAUUAGCAACCUCACAACUUCGGAAACGAUUUCACACGACAGUGUUUCCAAUAGAUCGAGUCUCUUUGGCAUGUUCCCCUUAAAGGAGCGACCUCAAUGGUUAGAGGUGAAAACAGUUAGUGAGCUGAAAACUAAGCUGGGACAUGUUAUAGUGAUGCUACUGUUGAUUGGUUUGUUCGACAAGAGCAGGAAAGUUGCCAUAACUUCUGUCGCGGAUUUGCUAUGUAUCUCUGCUUCUAUCUUUCUUUCUUCGGCUUGUCUCUUCUUGCUCUCUAGGCUCAAUGGCUCACACUGAGUUAAUCCUGUUGCCUUUUUUAAACAAAUGAAACUUUAUGGCUCACACUGAGUUAAUCCUGUUGCCUUUUUUAAACAAAUGAAACUUUGUAUUAUGUGUAUAAUGUUUUAGUAAAGUUUCACAUUCUCUUUUGCC